UUACUUUUUAAUUAACAUAAUGUCUGAAGUCGAAGUUGAAGAACACUUUAAACGACUUACAAAUAAUAAAUACGUAGAAGGCGUAUUGAUUGUUAAUGGAGAUGGACAAACUAUUAAAUCAAAUUUAGAUCCUACGUUGAAUAAAAAAUAUUCGGAUUUAAUUACUAAACUUAUAGAACAAGCAACUUUUUGUGUUAAAGAAAUGGAUGAAACCAACGAUCUAUCGUUCUUACGUGUUAGAACUAAAAAACACGAAAUUAUGAUCGUACCAGAUAAGGAAUACCUUCUUAUUGUUAUACAAAAUCCUGAAAAGAAGCCAAAUUUAUUUUAGUUUUUCUAUAGUACAUAGAAAGUUUUUUUUUGUUUAUUGAAAAUUUAAUAUAUAGGGUUUUUUUUUUAAUAAAAUUAUUAUUAUUAUUUAUAC